AUUGUUCUCAGACGAAAGAAAAAAAAAUGGGCGCAACGAGCUCAGCACCGCGGCCAACGCGCAAAGUCACGAUGAAUCGCACGGAGGCGAGCGCGGCCAACCCCACCGGCAUCUCCGUCAACAUCACGGAAAACUUGCUGCGGAGCCUGGCUGGCGAGCGGGCGCGACCAACAAUCACAGGCCGCGAUGGGCGAAUGAAUCGUCAGGAGAUUCAGCCGCUGCUCCAACGCGCUCAUGCCCAGGGCGUCACAGAGGGCUACCAACGGGCAAAGGGAGAGGUCGAGCAUGAGCUGCGCGCGAUUCGCUCCGGCAAACAUCAGGAAGCGAACGAGCAAACUCGGCUAAGCGAGGAGCAAUUGGCGAACGAGCUGAGUCAAUAUCUGGCUCGAGCGAAUGCCCGUUUUGUAGAGCCGGUUGUUUCGGUAUCACCCUCGACGACAGAGCGCACGCCGUGCGCGCAGCAACAAGCGGCUGCGUUGAAAUGCUACCGCAGCAAUCCCGACCGCCCGCUUGACUGCUCUGAGCUAGUCCGUGCAUUCACGACUUGUGCUACUCGGUAUCAAACGCAAUAUGUCAGCAAGCUGGCCGAGCAAACACGCACCACACCAUCUCUUUGAACAUUUGUCUUCCUUGGUUUUUUGUUUCCUCUGUUGUAAUUUUCUUUCUUCUCGUUUGUUGUGCCGAAGUUGCCCCCUUUUGUGUUCAAUCGCCACAAUCCACACUCUGUUAAAUUUUUU